AUGGUGCAAGACGACAUCCCGGAGGACAUUCCAGAGGGUGUUAUUCUUCCUCCUCCAGCAGUUCAGGAGAUCAUCAACAAAACAGCGGGCUAUGUUCACAGGAAUGGAGCGAGUUUUGAAACGAGAAUCAAAGAGAAAGAAUUACACAAUAAUAAGUUUCAGUUUCUGAUUGAUGAGGAUCCAUACAAUGCUUUCUACAAAUGGAAGCUGGAGCAACUGAAAAACAACCAAACUAUAGACACUGCCUCUAACGAGCAAUUUCAGGAUCGUGAAUCUAAAGUUCAGGAGAUUUCCAGACCAAAGGAUCUGGAAUUUCUCAUUGAUUUUAAGCCCAUGAGUAGUCUUGAUCAUGAUAUUAUCAAAUUAACUGCACUUUAUGUGGCAGUUGAUAAAACCACAGGCGAUGGAGUUUUUAGGAAGAAAUUUGAACAAUCUUUUGGUGGAAAAAAUGCUCAAUUUGGAUUCUUAGAUCCUACACACUCCUUGAACUCCAUAUUCAACCAAUACGUGAAUCAGUACACCUUGCUCCUGAGGUUGAUGAAAGACAAAGAGAAAUCUGAUAUUUUUGCUAAGAUUGAACUUGGAUGCAACUCUGUUCAUUCUUUUUUGGAUAAAUCAUUUUCCAGAGCGGAAUACCUUCAACAAGAAAAGAUGAAAGAAGAGCAUAAAAAAGCCAAAGAUGAAGCUAUGAUGUUAGAGUUUGCUUCUAUCGAUUGGCAGGACUUUACACUAGUCCAAGUGAUUGAAUUCACGGAGGAGGAUUUUCAUUCCGAGCUAUCUCAACCGCUGAAUCUAUCAGAGUUACAAUACAGAAGUCUUGAGGAAAAGAGUUCGGGUCUUUUGAUCGAAGAGGCCCCACCUGAUUUUCAAGAAACAGAAGAACCAAAGAUAGAAAAUGUACCCCGAAGGAAGGUACCGAAAGGUAUGAAAAUUCGGGCAGCAGGAGAAACCAGAUUAGGCAGGAUGAAUGAACCCAAGGAAAAAUUAAUCAAGUGUCCCCUAACUGGCGAAUUGGUGCCCGAAUCUAAAUUUCAAGACCACAUUAACGUUCUGUUACGCGACCCUAAGUACAAAGAGGAGAGGGCAAGAUAUGAAGCUAAGGUUUCCAAGAGCAACCUCACAACUGACGAAGUACUUAACAAUGUGAGUAUUUUGGCUAAUGCAAGAAAGAUUCGGGAAGCAAAACAAUCCCAGAGUCAAUUAAACACCGAAGACAGCAAUCGCAAAAGACCUCUACAAUGGGAUGGUUAUAGUGCUAGUACUCAAACCAUUAAGAAACAGGCAAAGCAAAUGUACUCUGCGGAGGAAAUCGAGGAGCAAAAGAGACGAAGAAAAGAAAGCUUGAACCGUAUAGGAUCUCAUAAACCACAGUGA